AUGAGCAACAACACCAACCAGACUACCGACAGCAAGAAGCAGGUCGCUGACAGCGACGGUAUCCGCGUCUUUCACCUCCGCAAGCAGCACCCUCUACGACGGGAAGGGCAGCUCAACGACGAAGAAAUCGCCGAAGAAGAGCACGGGAACGAAGCUCGACGACUCCGCGACCUCUUUCGCCAAGAAGGCAGGCGAAGAAGGAUGGAGCUCGCCGACUGCCACGCGCCCCUCUAUGGGCUGAUGAACCUGGCUCUCUCGUUAUCCGACAGCUUGUAA